AUGGCUGGCAGACCGAAGAAGCAGACUCACUCCAUCGAGAACCUUCUGGAAAUUCCGUCCACGUCCAAAGCAACCUCCAGAAGGACGAUUAUAGGACCUCCGAAAAAGAAAGCGAACUUUCCUGUUAUGUAUCAGAUGUUAGUCUCUACAGAUUGGAGUCUCUUAAAUGAACAAGCAGACGUCAAUACGGCUUGCUCACUAUUUUAUGAGAAAUUAAAUGACGUAUUUGAUACUACUGUACCGAAAAUGAGAUAUAAAAACCACCGCUACAACUAUCCUCCAUGGUAUAAUAAAGAAAUUAUUCAAUGUAUUCGUAUGAAGUUCGCUUUGCACAAAAAGUAUAAAAAAUUCAAAUCGUCGUAUUAUUAUAAUUUAUUUAAAGAUUGCCGUUCACGUUGUAAAAGUCGAAUUGCGGAAGCCUACAAAAGGUAUAUGUCCGAUAUAGAGUAUUCCAUUUCUAAAGAUCCAAAAAAAUUUUGGUCAUAUGUCCACAUGAAGAAAGGGGUAACACGUAUUCCAAGUUUAAUGCACUACGAAGACCAAGAACUUACUGCUCCAAUAACUAUAGUCAAUGCUUUUGCGAGUUAUUUUGAGAACGUUUUUUCCACCCCGGCUUAUGAUAACUCCACUUUGAAUAGUAUUCUUUCAAAUAAUUCUUUGAUUUCAAUCACUAAUGUAUCAGAAGAUCUAAUCUUAAAGGUAUUAAAGCAAAGCAAGAAUUCCUUCACGCAAGGAGCUGACGGUAUUCCUAGUUUUUUACUUAAGGACUGUGCUAUUGUAUUUGUAAAACCCUUGUUUAAAUUAUUUAAUUUGAUUCUGACAACUUCUACAUUUCCAGAAAUGUGGAAAAUGGCUUGUGUUUGCCCGGUUCUAAAAAAAGGGGAUCCUACUGAAAUAGAGAACUAUCGUCCUAUUUCUCUUAUAUAUCAUCAACAUGACUUUAUUGAACAUAGGUCCACUGUGUCCAAUUUGGCAUGUAUCAGUCAAGUCGCAGCUUCUGCUAUUGACAACCAUGGUCAAUUGGAUGUUAUCUAUAUGGAUUUUCAUAAAGCUUUCGACCAAAUUGACCACCACUUACUGAUUAAAAAGCUAGAUCUUCUUGGGAUCGAACCUAGGUCCACUGCUAUUUUUAUUAUUCAUAAACGACAUCACGGAAGUCAUAACAACAAAUAA